AUGAAACUUCUCAACUAUGGACGCAGGGAUUUUGACAACACGUUUAAGCAUUCCAGAUGGCGGGAAACCGAAACAAGAGUCACUGGACCUACAUCAAGGUGGUGGCAGGAUCGACCUCCGUCCCUUGAGAGGAGACCGUGUUCCUUGCCUCUUCCAGCUGCUGUGUACCACUGGGCGGAGAUGCGGGCCAAGAUGCGCCUCUUGGGCUUCAGUGCGCAAGCCGUCAAGCCGCUGAACGAGGACGCGGCUGCAGAGCUGGGCGCUGAGCUGCUGGGCGAGGCCACCGUCUUCCUCGUGGCCGGCGGCUGCCUGGUGCUGGAGUACUGGCGCCACCAGGCGAACCACGGUCGCAAGCGGCGAGAGCAGCAGGCCGCCUGGGAGGCGAUGCGGGACGAGGUGGGCCACCUGGCACUGGCGCUGGAGGCCCUGCAGGAGCAGGUGCGCGCGGCGCCUGCGCAGAGCGCGCUGGAGGAGAUGCAGGCGCAGAUGCUGGAGGUGCGCGCCCAGCUCCGCGCUCUGGACCCGCCAUCCGCACCCCAAGCAACGCCCAAGGACUAGGAGGUGCAGGGGCCCUGGUCUUCGCGGUGGCUGUUGUCUAGGCUGUGACGCCUCUGACAUGGCCUUCUGUCCUCUGUCCACUUAUGAACCUGCCCAGCUAAUACCACCUGGCCCCUUUAGGGGCGGAAGGGAGACUGGAUUGGGGCUGAUCCAACCAGGCUUUUGGUCACCUCACUACCAACCUGCCCAGAAACGCCUUCCACAGGGACUCUGUUCCCACGGGAGUCCCUUUGCCCUAUUCCCCCAGCCCCCAGCCCCAGGGUCAGUCCACUGGUUUAACACUUUGUAAUGGAAAGACAUCCAUCGUGUUCCAUUGGAUCCCACCCACCCCACUCCUAGGUGGGCCAGCAGGACACACGGAUCUAGCUAACUCGGUCUGUCACACCUCCACUUAUCCGAGUGGGCUUUCCGAAGGGACCCUCAUCCAUUACACCCGAACGCUCUUCCCCACUUCUUCAUUGGUACAAACCAUUGUUAAGAAAAUUCGAACUCCCAGUGAUUUACAGACACCGUCACUUUCCACCUACCUCACUAUAGAGGGGACAGAGAAGGAUGGAUCUCGGAGUGCCUUAGGCCCAGGGAGUCACCCUGUGGCCCCUGCCUUCAGUCCACCAUCCAUUGGUACCUCGGUAGGUCAUCCCCUCAAGUGGUUCGUUCCAACAGAUACCCCCACUUUAGUCUGCGGCAUAACCCACGGGAAAGGUGGUGCAGGGUCUCCCCACCAUCUGUGGUCAGUUCCAACAGGCUUUGUCCUCCGGAACAGAAAAGUGGGUCCUGCCCAGGGAUGAACCUUACUGUUUGGGUCUCAAGCUUUGUUUUACCUGAAGUUCCAGACCUCCUAUUGUCCUUUCCCUCUGUAACCUCCCUGCUAGUCCUUCCUAGGGACCCACCCAGUCCCCUGCUACGUGGGUCACUUGUCACACCCCCCAUCUUCCAUCCAAGCCUGCUCUCAAGUACUCAGGGAUCCCUUGUUCCCUCUUGCCUUUGGACGGAUGGCCCAGCCCACCCUCACCCUCACCCUCCUUCACCCAGAGGUCCCACUGCCCCGCUCACUCAGCCCUGCAUUCCCCCACCCCCAUCCGAAUGGAAUAUUCCUACCAGGCAGGGUUUUCUACCCCACCUACCUCCUGGCAACCCAUUGUACCACCAAAGGGGGUGUGUGUGAGCUCUGUGACUUCUGAAUUCUAUUUUUUUUAAGACUGUGAAUAUUUUAUAAUUAAAAGAGCUCUGGGGUAAAUAAGUCCUCUUUAAGAAUGUGUCAGAGAACCAUGAUGUACAUCUGCAAAAUGGGUACAAGGCUUA